AUGCCGGCUACACCUCUUCGUCGACCCGACCUGAUCGGGAUGAUGGCGGCUACACCUGUGCAUCAACGCCUUAUGGAGCAGAGCGCAUUGGAAGAUCUGUUGAAAGCUGGAACCGAAAUCCAAGUUGGCGAGGAUGAUUCACCGGAAAAGAUGGCCGAGCAUGUCGAUCAGUUUCACCCGCUCUUCAAGACGCUCGUCAGCGAGUGUAUCGUGGGGCUGGUCGAUAACGCCGGGACGAUCUCGAACGAAGCUUCAUUGGUACACGUUGCGCCUAUUCUGGAAGAGCUCGUCAAGAGGGCGAGACAGAUACCACGUUUGCUAAACUCUGUACCCCGGGAGCUGGAAGGACCUGAAGGAGCUCGUAUGAAAAUACCGUUAUACCGUUGGCUGGUGCCGAGGCUGCUCCAUGCCGCUAGCGGUCUCGCCUUGCACAAAAAGGGACAAGAAGCGGGACAGCGGCUGCUUGAUACCGUUACGGAGAUGAUAAAGAUGUUGGGAUCGUAUAUGGAGGAACAGCAUGUGGAGGGUAUCGUCUUCGCCGGCGAGCUGUUGAGAGGUCUUAGUGAGAGCUGUGUCGAACUUGCUAACGAGGAUUUGCGAGUUGGAAGCCCGUUUACUAUCAGGACAAGCACCAAGCCGUCGAGCUCCAGCUUCAUCGCAAGUCAAUGCCAGCUGGACGACAACAUUGCGAGCUCGGAUCGGCAUCCGCUCUACCCCUUUCGGACACCGAAGCCUCUACGCAGGAUGACGCUAUUGAUGAGUAUGGUCCACGUCGUAGUACAGGCGUUUGACCAACCGAACCCAUCGAUCACGGCCUGGAGAGGCUACUGCACGGACACGCUUCUCUGGACGAUGAGCGCUAUGGUCAACAUGUCGGAAACGCUCAGGGCGCGAUCGGUCAUGUGCGGUCUCCCAGACGCCUCGGAAAACGUCACACCCGAGACCAGCUUGGUCGUAGUCAGGCAACAAUUGAUGCUGUUCCAGGACAUGCUCGCGGUCUUGGCGCGACCAUCCGUAUUUCCAUAUCACAUGAGUGAACGUGCGGCUUUGGUCCUCAUUCAAGCGGUAGAAGAUCGUUUGCGAAAGACUACGCCCGAUACCGAGAUGGAUUCAGAGGAAGGGACGACCGAACUUUCAAGUGCUUUAGACAAGGUACUUUACGGGUUUCUGAGGAUUAUCAAGAAUCAGCGGGCAGGAAGGGCAGGUGGAAGUGUCUGGUCGAAGUUGUUGAACACCGUCGAGACGCAGCUGGGAGUGCAAGACGGGACGGGCGAGAAUGAGCUUUUCCUGCUUAGUAUUUCUGCAUUAUUGGAUCCACCUGGUGCCUCGGUCAUGCAAUUAGCCUGCAGUAUCCCUGCCGACCGUCUGGCGACGAUAAGGAUCUAUCUCAGUAAUCGGACGGAUCGAUCAUUCCCCACAGAGCUUCGUAUCAUUGACGAGCUGGUCAAACGACAAGCUCUUGUCUCCGGCCCACGCGGUCGAGGAACGAAACGUAAGGCGGAUGGCCGACAGGAAGCGACUCAGGCGAAUCCUGGCGCGGGAAACAUCGACAAGCGGGUGCAGGCCGCUGGCAAACGUCAACGCGAUGUCGGAAUCGGUGGUGCAGUUCUAGCGGAUGCCUUCCAGACGUUUGAUCUUGCCGACUCGGUCGGCGAAAACAGCCAGGGGAUUCCUGUCUUCCUCAACAAGACUUGGAAUCCUCUACUGGAAAUCUUUCGCUGCGCUUCAGGUCUCAACAACUACGAUGGCUUGCCCGAGCCGCUGGUCGACCUUCAUGACGAGGAUAUCGAGGCCAUGAUCAAAGAUGGAGCAGUACUCGAAAAACGGGCAAACGCAGCGUUCAGCGUCAUUGCAGGACCUGGUGCAACCGUCCUAGACGAAAUCGAACUUCGCCACAAUUGGUUCAAGGCGUUGCCACUGUUAUUUUGUCACAUGGUUGGGUGUCAAGGAUGUAAUGGAGUCGGCGUCGGGAAGCCUCAACCCUCGAGCGAAACUCGCUCUUUACCAAAGCUUUCACAGGAGUCUCUGGUCUCCUGGAUGCGGCUCGCAAAAUACCUUGAGCGCGAGCCUGAAGAAACAUAUGACGCUUCACUUCGAUCGCUCCUCAUCUCGCUUCGCAAUCUGUUUCGACAUGCUGCUGGGCGCGGACUGCCCGAUUUCGAGCCCCGACGCAACAGCGUAAUGCAAGAUCUCUUGCGGACCGCCUACAAGAACCCGGAUCGCAAGAUCCGUAUUCUUGCCGCUCAAGCAACCGUCGCCCUGGUGCACGUGCUUGGCACAAGAGGGCUCGUGGGAUGCGCUCGUCUAGGCGAUCUGCUAACGGGAAUGCGGGAAAACCUUGCGCUUCAUCAGCCACUUCCCGUGCAAGAAACGACCCUGUGCAUGGUUGCAGAGCUUGCUAAAUUUACCGAAUCGAACCUCUUUGCGGAACUCAUCACAUACCUGUUCGAGGCUUUGGGCAGACCCAAUAUCGCGCUUAGGGGGCUAGCACAUACUCAGUUGACUCAAGUCUCCCGCUACAAGGGCAAAACUCCAUACUUGAUGCUAUCGCCUUUCUUUAGUCAUCUCAGUCCGGUACUGAUCGCUGGAAAGCUAGAUCUGCUGAACGAGGCCACACAGUUUCUGGGCGUCUCCCGAACUUCCUUCGUCGAGACUACCUUGCACUAUACGGUCCCGCACGCCGUGAUCUGUCGCAAUCGACCGGUCUUGCAGAACAUAGCUGGACUUGUCAAUAGGCCUCUGGGACUCCUGCUCGUUGAGCAUCCCAUGCUCAUGCCGCACAUUCUCAAAGCGAUCUUCACCCAAAAACAGGACAGGCUAGUCCCAGAAACCUCUUCAUGGCUCAUGGACGUAUUGCAAGUCCUCAAGCAUAGCGAUGCGCCUAUAGCGAUCGGGAAUCUACUCUCAACCCAUCUAACGAAUCUUCUCGUCGAGGUGAUCAUCGAUUUGGGAGACGAGAUCAAAAAACCGGACGCAGAGAUAGCCCUCAAGCGGAUUUAUAUGGCUGCGAACCAGCAGAAUUCGGGCGAAUUCGGGAACGGCUUUGCGAAUUGGUUGAAGGCGAACAUGCUUGGUAUCAUUACUGGAAUCAGCGACACGAUGCACGACGUGAGAGGGCGAAAGUCCGCCAUCGAGAAGGCAAAGAUCGUUCGCAGUCUCGGAAGCCUCAUCGAGCACGUAGGGAUAUCCAUGUCGGGCUUCUCCUCCCAGAUCAUGGCGAUUUUACAAAGCAUGCUUCCCAUUGCAGAGCUACGGUGGGACGUAUUGAACGUCUGGAAUACUUUCGUGACCGUCCUGCGUUUCCACGAUAUCGGGCCUCACAUCGGGACGACCGCAGCUGCCUUUGUCGCUACCUGGACAGAAAUGAACAAGGAUGAACAGUCUCGCGCAACGAGUAUCCUGGAAUAUUUGCUCGUCGACAACAGCGACGAGCUCAAGUCCCAUUUCCAGGAUGUCGUGUCUCUGGAUUCGAUACCGGAACUCUCCAAAGCAGCCAAGCGCGUUGCCGAUCUCAGAGCAAAAUGGAGCUUCAAGGAACGCAUCACCGCUAUCCUGCGACGAUGUGAUAGCGAGAACACAGCGCUAGCGAAGCAUUCGGUCUUUGAAAUGAGAGAGGUCCUCCUUGCAAAUCAGAGCGAGCUCGCGUCUCUUGCUCGAGGCGAUUCAUUCGAUCCCCUGUUGGGGUUGGUCUAUCGCACCUUGUUAGAGGUUGCAGGUCGAGACGCCGAGCAUGCCGACGAUGUUAGAAUCGGUAGUUUCGAAUGCAUAGGCAUCAUCGGCGCGCUGGAUCCAGACAGGUUUUCGCUACCCUCAAGAGAUCGGACUUUCAUGAUGCUUACCAACUUCCGGGACAAGGAAGAGGUCAAGGACUUUGCACUACACCUAGUGGAAAUAGUCUUGGUCGGCGCGUUUCGCACUGCCAAUGACGCGAAGCAGCAGAUCCAGCUCGCUUACGCGAUUCAACAGCUCUUUCAAUUCUGUGAAUUCACCUCGCGCCUGUUGCACCAGUCAGGAUCGGCGUCCAUUUCCACCAAAGUACGGCAACGUUGGCAUGACUUCACGAGAAACAAACAGACACUUGAGACUGUCUCGCCCUUGCUGGAAGGCCGCUAUAGGGUCGAAAGGAUACCUAUCACGCACCACGAAUACCCGAUAUACCCUUCGUCCACCACUUAUCGGGAAUGGCUCCGUUCCUGGACGACAGAUCUCAUAAGUGUCGUUCUUGAGCAUGAAGAGAAGGAUACGCCCUAUGACGAACAUCGUCAAGCGCUCGUCUAUGCCAAGGAAAUCUUCGGUAGUUUCCGAGGGGUUGUGCGAACUGGCCAGGACGUGGCCGUAGCCCAUUACUUGCUACCGCACUUGGUUCUCUACGUGAUCAACAUCGGUAACGAUAGUGUCCGCGCAAACAUUGUCAAGGAGAUCAACGCAGUUCUGCAUGACCAAGUGAACAUAGUUGGAUCGAUGGACUCUGACAGACGGACCUUGAGUGCUCAGGCAAUAUUCGAUUUACUGGAUCACUUAAGUCGAUGGUUACAAGAACAACGAGUACGCCUGCAACAAGAACAGCGCUUGAGCUCGAAGAAGGAUGGCAACAAUGCUCGAACAGACAAGACCAAGCUGCUCAUCGUCUCGCAAAUCAAGAAUGUCGAUGGUGUGAUCCAAGAGAUCGAUCCCGAGUUGACGGCGCAAGCGGCGCUACAGAGCAAGGCUUAUGCACGUUCCUUGAAGAGCUUCGAACAGCGCAUAUCCCACUUGAAGACUGUCAACAAGCGACAGGACGCGGACUUGCAGUCAUAUUACGAGUACCUUCACCGGAUAUAUGCGGACCUUGACGAACCCGAUGGUAUGGAAGGCGUUACUGCGCGGGUCUUCGCGCCGUCACUUGAACAUCAGAUUAGAGAGCAUGAGAGUGUCGGAAGGUGGACGUCGGCCCAGAGUUGUUGGGAGGUCAAGCUUCAGCAAUCGCCCGACGACGUCGCGCUUCAUAUCGGCUUGUUGCGUUGCUUGAGAAGUCUUGGUCACUAUGAUACUCUAAGAACCCACAUUGCAGGGGUACUCACACGCCAUCCAGAAUGGGAGCGGGAGCUCGCGAAUUUCCAGAUCGAAGCGGCUUGGGUCGUCGGUGAUUGGCACUCUGUCCGUGAUAUCGCGAGCGGAGGGGCUUCUGGCUCCGAGAUCAGUAUGGCUAGAGUGUUGUUGGGCAUUCACGACCGCAAUUACGAGGGCUUGGGAGAGAUCAUGCGCCAAACCCGGAAAGAACUUGGCGCUGCCGUUACAGCUAGUAGUCGGCAGUAUGCGCGCGCAUACCCUGCUAUCUUGCAGUUGCAUAUGCUACAUGAAGUGGGCAUGGUCUGCGAUGCUGGUCUCGAAAUCGCCAAAACAUACAACAUGCGGACGACUACUCAGAAUAUGGAUCAAAUGGUUCAGCAUCGGAUCAAUCAGCUUAGAAGUAAUCUGGCGAACAGACUUGACAUCACUUUGCCGUCGUUCAGGAUCCGAGAAUCGAUUCUAUCUAUUCGUAGGACCGCUUAUGCUGAAAGUCCAUCGAACAACGCUCUGAUGAAAGCAGAGGUUGGAGCAGCCUGGAUAGCAAGCGCGAAGAUCGCAAGAAAGGCCGGUCACGAGCAGACUGCCUACAGCGCCACACUACAAGCAGAUCUGGCCGCCGCGCCAAACGUAUUCUUUCAGCAGACCAAGAUCCUGAAAGCGACUGGGCAUCCUCUGAAGGCGUUAAAUGAGCUAGAAAACGGGAUCGCAACCCUGAAGAGACAGCAAGUAUUGGGCAGUCGCUCGGCGCCGAUAGCCAUCGACGGCCACCAACCAGAGACGAAUGGGCAACGGUUAGACCUCGACAUUGCAAAGGCUCUUAUCUUGAGUGCCAGAUGGUCGCAUGAAACCGGACGAUACGACCCCAAUGCGAUCAUACAGCGCUUCCAGGAUGCCAAGGUUCUAGCGCAUAAGGAGGAGAGUCCUUACUAUCGCCUUGGACAUUACUAUGACAACCUCGAAGGCGUCGCAGAUCAGCUUAAAGCUCAAACCUAUACUGUUGAAAACUACUGCAGAGCACUACGGAAUGGGACAAAGCACAUUUAUCAAAUGUUGCCGCGCUUGUUGACGAUCUGGUUGGAUCUAGGCGAGCGUGUAGCAGAAGAAGACAGCAAGGACAAGGAGAGCAAGAAGCGCCGAAGCAGCGAUUCUGAGAGCCUCAAGGCGCUCUCCCAUAUGAACAUCGCUGUAGAAAAGGCCCGUAAAGUGAUACCUCGUUACCAGUGGUUGACAGCAUAUCCCCAAAUCGUAUCUCGUAUAGGACAUCCCCAACAGGACGUGAAGGACAUCCUAUUAAAGCUCAUGACGAAUGUCAUCUGCGAGUUUCCUCAUCAGGCUACUUGGCUGAUGGUCGGAAUCUAUCACUCGACGGGAGCUUCAAGCGAACGGGCCAAGAGGUGUCAUGGCGUUUUUUCACAAGCAAAGGCGGCGUUUGGUCCAAAUACGCCGGGAGCCAGGGUUAUCGACGAUGCGGUGUCGUUCUCGAAAAACAUGUUGAGACUAUCCGUUGACCCCGGUGCUGAAAACCCAACCGGGAAGGAAAAACGUGGCAAGACGAACUCACUCAAUCUCAGUGUUGCGCUUCAAUUCCCGUGGUUGCAGCAAGCUUUCCCGACUGCCAUGAUGGUUCCUACGCAAGAUGCGUUGACAUGCAGUCUGCCGACAUCGUCUGACAGUCUCAAAUCGAAUAACCCUUUCCCUCAGGGCUAUACCACCAUUACCAAGCUUCGCGAUCAGAUCGAUGUCAUGCCAUCUCUGCAGAGACCCAAGAAAAUCAUCUUUGUUGGCGAGAACGGCAAGGACUACCCGUUCCUGGUCAAGCCUCACGAUGAUUUGAGGAAAGACGCACGUCUGAUGGACUUCAACUCUAUGAUCAACAAGCUGUUGAAGAGCCGAAGCGAGACCCGAAAGCGAAACAUGUAUAUCCGGACAUAUGCUGUCAUGCCGUUGAACGAGGAAUGUGGUAUGCUCGAAUGGGUUUCCAAUACCAUUCCACUACGUAAUAUCCUUAUCAAGGCAUACGAGCGCCGUGACGUCAAGACCUAUUCCACCGAAAUCUACAAUCUGCUAGACAUCGCCCGUGGCCAGGGACCCCAAGAAUCCGCAAAAGUCUUCCGAGACUCGGUCAUGCCGAAAUUCACCCCCUGCGUUUUCCACGAAUGGUUCUUUCAAACUUGGCCAGAACCGACAGCUUGGUUUGCCGCACGGCUGGCUUAUGCUCGCACGCUAGCCGUUAUGAGUAUGGUCGGCUUUGUUCUAGGAUUGGGAGACCGGCACGGCGAGAACAUUCUGUUCGAUUCGACUACCGGGGACACAUUGCACGUCGAUUUCAACUGCCUAUUCGAGAAGGGCCGAACGUUUGAUGUAUCGGAGAAGGUCCCGUUUAGACUGACUCCAAAUCUCGUAGAUGCACUCGGUGCGACCGGGGUCGACGGUGUCUUCAGACGAGCAUGCGAAAUCACAAUCGAACUUUUGAGGGAGAACAAGGACAGCUUGACCAGCGUACUGGAGGCUUUCAUUCAUGAUCCCUUGGUGGAAUGGCAGGAUCAGAAGAGGCGAGAGGAGCGACGAAAUCGAACCAAGAGCGCGGAUGUGCGGGUCUUUGCAGAGAAAGCGAUGGGUCCCAUUCGAUCGAAAUUGCAGGGCAGAAUGGGCGAUGAACCAAGUUCGAAAAAGGACGUCCCCGCGAUGAGCGCCGUCAAUCAGGUCGAGAAACUCAUCAAGGAGGCUGUGAGCCCCGCCAAUUUGGGCGGAAUGUAUGUUGGAUGGGCUGCAUGGCUAUAAUGCGGAUACGAAACCUCACGAUCUUACGAAACCAACGAUCAUUGCUACUCACGACAAACUGUAUCAAACAAGGACAUCUCUCUAUUAUCUAGCAUAGCAUUCGAGCCGUCAGUUCGGGGGUAUCAUUCCAAGCGGUCAGUAUCCAGGUCACAUUGUAGCAUGUCGAGGAAGCCCCCGAAGUCCGAAGUGAAGGAGGCUAUCAUCUCCAUUCCGUUGUGUCGAAUAUCGAUGAAUGUCAUUCGGAAGAAUGUUCGCGAAUCGCGAUAUUAUAACUUGCACGAGAAUGGACCUGUCCGAAGAGGGUGUUUCCCCUGAGUGCUAACACCUCUAUAUUGGCUUCUAUCGCUAUUCUUCGUCGCCAAAACUCAACAGCCCUUUCUUGUCCUUCUCCUUCUUCUUCUCCUUCUUGCUCUGCUUGGCAGACUUAGGCGCUUGAUUUAUCGUAGCUGGGUCGGGCACGAGCUUGCGCUUAUUGCUCGUCGUAGAUGCCUU